UUCUCGGACGAAAUGGUAUCCCGCGUGAAAAAAGGAGAUUACGAAUUGAUUCAAUUGAUUUAGGUUAGAAAGAGGAUGAGUUUCUCCCAAAAACACCUUUCUCCCUUCCACGAAAGGAACGCAGAGAGUAGUUGCUUCCUUCAGCAAUGUUGUCAAUGCGCAUUCUCAUUCUGCACUGCACGUUCCAUUAAAUUAAAUAAUUCAAGUGCCCCAACCCAAACUAAUCCCGCUAGGUCAUAAUUGCACGGGACCCGCACAUGAUUACAAUUUCAUAAUUCAUAAUUCAUAAUUCAUUUUUAUUUUCCUGCUCCAAUCUCCGAAUCCUAACCGUCACUUCCAACUUGCAACGGUUAUCCUCCGCCGCCACACCGGAGGCGCGAAACGACACCGUUAUGGGCAUGGAUUACUACAACAUACUGAAAGUGAAUCGCAACGCCAGCGACGACGAUUUGAAGAAGGCUUACAAGAGGCUGGCUCGCAUAUGGCACCCUGACAAGAACCCCGACAACAAGACCGAAGCCGAGGCCAAAUUCAAACGAAUCUCCGAAGCCUACGACGUCCUCAGCGACCCUCAGAAGCGCCAGAUCUACGAUCUCUACGGCGAGGAGGCGCUCAAGUCCGGCCAGGUCCCGCCGCCGCCGCACUCCUCCUCCUCCUCCUCCUCCCGCGCCUUCCACCACCACCGCCACAACCCCCCGCCGUCCUUCCGCUUCAACCCGCGCGACGCUGACGACAUCUACGCCGAGUUUUUCGGCCCCGACGACGCCGCCGCCUCCGCCUCCGCCUCCGCCUCCUCCCGCCGCGACGCCUUCUUCCGGACCUCCAACGCGUUUGGCGGCGGCGGCGCCAGGAAGGCCGCCGCGGUGGAGAAUACGCUCCCGUGCAGCUUGGAGGAGCUCUACAAAGGCGUCAAGAAGAAGAUGAAGAUCUCCAGGAACGUCUUCGAUGCUUUUGGCAAAUCUCGGAAUGUGGAGGAGAUUUUGACUAUUGAGAUAAAACCUGGCUGGAAGAAAGGAACAAAGAUUACCUUCCCAGAGAAGGGUAACCAGGAGCCUGGUGUCAUCCCAGCAGAUCUUAUUUUUGUGGUAGAUGAGAAACCACAUGCUCUUUAUAGAAGGGAUGGCAAUGAUUUGGUGAUCAAUCAGGAGAUAACCCUUCUUGAGGCCCUUACAGGUAAAACGUUGGAUCUCAUCACCUUGGAUGGAAGGAGUCUCAUGAUCCCGUUGACAGAUAUUGUCAAACCAGGUGCUGAGGUUGUUGUCUCUAAUGAAGGAAUGCCAAUAUCGAAAGAGCCUGGGAGGAAGGGGAAUUUGAGAAUCAAGCUUGACGUCAAGUAUCCUUCAAGGCUAACUGCAGAGCAGAAGUCUGAUCUGAGGAGAGUUUUAGGUGGAAUCUCAUAAAUAUUUUGAGUUUGGUGUUUUGUGUCACCGGUGAAUGCACAUUGUAUAUAUAUCAUGUGCAUUCUGUUGAUGCAUGUGAAUUACAGGAAUACUCCACGGGUUGAACUGAGUAUAAAGGGCUAACAUACGAUGGGCCCAUAACUAGACAUUUGGACUUUUUUGCAGGUUAGGAAACAUAAACGACUGUUUGGAAAUGAGUGGAAGCGUUAAUCUUAGUGAAACAAAUAGGUAGGUAAAUUCAACCUGGCUUCCACCUGUUUGCAUCAACUUGUUUUGCCUUUUUAUUAAACUCUUGCAGAUUACUAGUCUUGAUAGGAUCACAAUGAGUGUUGCUCAUACCAUGAAAAUUGUAUAUAUUGAUUGUUUAUUUAUUGAAGGUUCCUUUAUUGACAUUCUGUUCUUUUAAAAUUGGAAGUACAACACGGAAUCGUGGUCUAUGCUCAUAUAUUCUGCCAUAAAAACGAUGUAUAAUCGGCAAAUUUAUCUUUC